GUUGUGAAAAGGGCUCAGGGCAGAGCUGGCCUGGAUGGGCCCCAGGUGGAGUACCUCUCUGAGCUGGUGUGGCCGCUUCCCCGCAGGUGCACCUGCAGACGCAGCAGGAGGUGAAGCUGCGCAUGACUGGCAUGGCGCUGCAGGUGGUGCGCUCUGACGGCGUGCUGGCGCUCUACAAUGGGCUGAGUGCCUCCCUGUGCAGACAGAUGACCUACUCCCUGACUCGGUUCGCCAUCUACGAGACCGUGCGGGACCAGGUAACCAAAGGCAGCCAGGGCCCCCUGCCCUUCUACCAGAAGGUCUUGCUGGGCUCCCUCAGCGGUUGCAUCGGCGGCUUCGUGGGGACCCCCGCGGACAUGGUCAACGUCAGGAUGCAGAAUGACAUGAAGCUGCCCCAGAGCCAGCGCCGAAACUAUGCCCACGCCCUGGAUGGCCUGUGCCGUGUGGCCCGAGAAGAGGGUCUGAAGAAGCUCUUCUCAGGCGCGACCAUGGCGUCCAGUCGAGGGAUGUUGGUCACCGUGGGUCAGCUGUCCUGCUAUGACCAAGCCAAGCAGCUGGUUCUCAGCACCGGGUACUUGUCCGACAGCAUCUUCACUCACUUUAUCGCCAGCUUCAUCGCGGGCGGAUGCGCCACUGUCCUGUGCCAGCCCCUGGACGUGCUGAAGACCCGCCUGAUGAACGCCAAGGGCGAAUAUCGGGGUGUUCUGCACUGCGCCAUGGAGACAGCAAAGCUCGGGCCGCUGGCCUUCUACAAGGGCCUCGUGCCUGCGGGCAUCCGCCUCAUGCCCCACACCGUGCUCACGUUUGUGUUUCUGGAACAGCUCCGCAAACACUUUGGCAUCAAAGUGCCAUCGUGAUGUGGCCGUGGCAACAGCUGGGUCAGGCCUGGGCCCCUUCUCCCCGCAACAGUUUCUUCCAGAGUGUGGGAGGGUCGGCAGCUGAGCACUGCCCUGAGCCCAGCACCUGCCCGCAGUGCUCUGGCCCCUCCUCGUGGCCCAGGACCCCCGCCCCAGCCCGCCUGGUCAGCCCUUCGACCUUCAACCCCUCGCGAGCUACCAGCUUCACCUUCACCGCCCGCCCCGGGCUCUCCCUGCCUGGGCUUCCAGCGGCCUGCUCUGCCCACCCCUCAGAGGGGGUGUCCAGGCCCCAGGUUUGGUUUUCUCUCCUCUCCCCGAGUAGGCAGUUAUCGCUGGAGUUGGGAGGGCGUGUUGUCCCGGCUCUAUGGGCUCGGGUCUCCAGCCCCUGAAGGCUCCUCCUUCCACCGCGCCCAGGGUCCGCAGCACCGUCUCCCACCGCGCCCGCUGAGGGUCCUGGGUGGCAGGGCGGGGGAGGCCCCAGCACCACUCCCCAGAUGACACGUGUACCUGCGCUUUCAUCCUCAGAGAGGGACCAUCGCUUUUAUGACGUUCCCAAGGCAGCUGUGCCCCCACAGCUCCCAGGCCGGUGCAGAGGGGCCCCCAGGGGGAGGGUCUGGGUGCCACCCGCACCCCCCCGCCCCCGCCGUUGCUUUAACAGCUAGUUUCACCAGAACUCUCAGUGCCAGCAGGCUCUCUGCUGUCUUCAGGGGGUGUGCAGUGUCCCCUCCUGGCUCCCUGGGCAGGGCUGGGAUGGCUUGGGGGUCUCCUGUCUGGGGAUGGUCACCUGCAAGGCCCCCAGCAGCUGAUCAGCCUGAUGCCACCACCCAGGUUCCUCUGCCAAAGCAGCCUGCAGGGGGACUGGGGGCUGCGUCCACCUCCCCUGUCCCCCGGGCACUGUGUUCUCCCCACCCCCCAGCAAGUGGCCAGCGGGCCAGCGUCGCCCUGCACGGCGUUAAUAAAGGCGGUGAAGAGUCUGGUUUCUGCGUCCAGGGCACUAA